UUUUUUUAUGACGGUAGCAAUUCUAAUUCUUCAUCCGGGUGCUUUAAGGCCGCAUCAGCAUUAAAGGACCACACCUGCAAUGGAAAACUUGACCCUGUUCACCAACCAGUCGGAGUGUUACGUAGUCGACACAGCGUUAAGGAGGAGGCUGUUUCUGAUCUACUACCUGGUUGUUAUCAUCGUUGCCAUCCCAGCCAACGCCUUCUCUCUUUACAUUUCCUGGAUGCACAUUAGACAGAAGAACAAUCUUGGCGUCUAUCUCUUCAGCCUCGCCUUCAGUGACCUGACCUUCACGAUUGGUCUCUCCUUGUGGCUGGACUUCCUGUGGACGGGAUAUUGGACUCAUGGAGGUUAUGUCUGCUUGUUAUCAGUCUACUCCCUCUUCACCAACUUUUACACCAGUGAGGCUCUGCUCUGCUGCAUUGCUGUCAGCCGCUACCUGGCUGUUGUCCACCCAUUAAAGUACACGUUCUUGAGGAAAAUCAAUACUGCUGCAGCGGUCACUGCAUCCAUUUGGGUGUCGGUCAUCUGUUUCAAUGCAUGCACCAUAACCUGGGAGGACUCAUAUCAGGAAAGCAAUAUUUUUCCGUUGUGCUAUGAUGUCAUCCUGCCGCUAUCAGAGCACAUGGCUCGUGCUAAUGUAGCACGCUUUUUCCUGGGACUUGUUAUUCCAGUUCCUCUUGUCUUUUUGUCCACUUGGGGAACUUGCAUGGCUGUGAAAUCCAACCAGGCCACAAAUGAGGAGGAACGUUUAACAGUCUUAAAGCUACUGACAGUAAUUCUUCUUGGUCUUUUGUUCUGCUUCGGACCCAUCCAUGUCAUGAUGCUUGUGCGAACACAGUGUAACAACUGUGAGGGUUUGAAAUGGUUCCUCCAUGUCUACAAGAUCAGCACUGCAAUCUCAAGCUUCAACUGUCUAGUGGACCCACUGCUCUACUGCUUCAUCACAAAAACAGCAAAGGCUCAUUUCAAACAGGUUCUACUCUUCUUUCUAAGAAAACAAAAUACAUCAGAAGAAAGCACCCCAAGUGAAGUUCAAAACACCACAGAGUAAUAACCAAGAGUUUAGUCUAAAGUCAGACAUCUCACAACUUAUUUUUCCCACCUAGCUCUCAGAUUUGUUUGGGUGGCAUGUUGAUUGUUUGGAAAUUAUUUUAAAUGUAGGCAUUUAAAUGAACACAUUUAUCCGAGGCAACUUUCAUUUUUGUUGGUUGAAAAUAAAACUUGUCAUUUUUUAAAGCAUUAAUUUCAAGACAGUUUUUGUAUUUCACCAUCACUGAUCUCUCUCUCCUGACACUGAGUUAUAAAUGUGAAGAGCAAUUUCUGCUGCAAUCAGAGCAAACAGCACAAGGCCCUGCUAUCAGUCACCUAGAUUUAUGAUGGAAAAAUGGCAUUUCUUAUAGAUUUUUCAAUAGUUUCAUUUUCAUCAGAGGGUUUUACAGCCCAGAUUAUGAUGGUCUCUUCUUGUCCUGGAGUUCUUUAUUGUCUAAGAAUGUUCAAGAUGACCCAGAGUCAAUUUCAAGGUGAUUUAAGAUAUCAAAGACAGAAAAAGAGAAAAUGUCGGAUGGAAAAGGAAAAUUAUUUUACAAGUUAAUCUGAGAAGAUGUGAAUUAGGAAAUUAAAUAAUUCUAACUGCAAAACUAAAACAAAGAAAUGCAUCCCAUUAUGUCAUCUGGGGUUUUAUUUUGGGUUGUUUUUUAAAAGGGAGGUCUCAUUAAGGUAAAGUCUCCUUUUCUGUGGAUUUCUGGGGGGUGAGGUAAGAUUGAAUAGAUCCAGCUACCCAUAGGUAGGCAAUUAUCUCCUGUUUCCUGUGGCUUUCCAGGACCUUGUCAUUUACAGGCUUAUAAUAGAUGUUUGUGAUGCACUUGCACUUUAUCAUAGGGGUUGGGGGUGUUUUAACAUCCUAAACGUAUACACAGAUAAAAUAUGCAUGAGUAAAAUUUUAAAAUACCUGAUAUUUCUAGAAAUGAUGGAGGUUAUUUAACUGUUAGUUUUCUUGAUAAUCAUGAAAGAAUAAAGUAAGGCAGUGAGAGAAAAAUGCAUGUAUAUUUUAUGAGACAAAAAUGAUUUUGGACAAUAAAUAUUGAUGAAAUACGCAGAAAAGGUCCAAAUAGGCAGAGUCUUCCUGAACUUUUUCCCAGAAGAAAUAGUUUCAGUAUCACGUAAAAUCCUCCUAAUCCCUGCAGACCAAUGUCUCCUCACUAGAUGGAGGUGAUAAUGGUUCUUCCUACAUCACAUCAGACCAGUCAGGUCUAUCAUCAAAAAUCAAAUUCCCUUAGGGAUUCCUUCCUGACACAUCAAACAGACUACCAUGAAAACUUCCUCUGUUUGAUGCUGCAGUGAUAAAUGGAAGUAAAGUAAGACGAUCUAAUCCAGACCCUAACAGCUUCCUUUUGAGUGAUUUGGGAUUAUUGUGUUAAAAGUGUAGCGUCAUGAAUGUCCUAUUUUUGACCUAAAGGUCAUGAUCUGCUGCGUCUGCUUGAGUAGAGACUUAAAGUCUCUGACACAAGGCUAAUCUACAUGAGAUAGUGGCCAAGGUCUUUCAUGCACUCUGCUCCUCUAAACUGCUUCACCUCUGUUACAGCUCAAGAUGAAGACGAAGAACUCUCUUGAUAAAUACAUAAUCAGACAACGUUUGUUAUUGCCAAUAAUAAUGUGAACCCAAUGUUCAAUCAAUCUGUGUAAUGACAAUGUUAUUACUUGAUAUUAUAAUCCUAUGAUCAGUAGUAUUUUAUAAGUAAUUAUAAUCUUGGACAUUUGCACUAGACACUGAUGACACAGAGUAAUGCUAAAGUCACACGACACAUUUCCUUUUGUCUGAUCCAAUCAGAACCUUCGUUUCUGACGUGAGGCGUGGUUUUCUGUGGAGUUUGUAUAAACCCUCUUUUGCAUGUCAAAUUCUGAUUCACCAGUAAACCAAAAUAUGACAGUUAUAAAAACUAUUCCACGCCACAUUUUCUUUAGUUCAAAGCGUUCUAGAGGAGUCUCGGUCAGGCCAUCCAGACUUCCUCUUCAGCCAUGAAGAACCUCGACAAGCUGGAUAAAAUCUGUUGCAAGUUACACCUGACCACAACGGUUCCUUCAGAAUAAAAGCUGAACCUCACGACCCCUUCAGGGUCUCGCUGAUGCCAAUGAUAACCUGUCGUAACCUGGAAGCAUUCCAAGACUAGUUUGGUCGGCACCGCUGCUUUUCUACCCGCUUCGGUUCCAAGGAGUGUCCAAGAGGACCUUGACAUUCUGGAUCCAAACGGAGGCUUCCCCUGGGUAUGUAGAUCGACAGAUGGCGUCUCAUGUGUGUUAUAAAUCUCCUACUAUAGUUUAGAGCGAAACAUUCACUCCCACUCAGAACUAAAUGCUUCUCCGGAUCAGUUGGUUCUGAUAGCAACAUUCCACACAUACACCAUCAUUCAUCUCACGUCUCACUCCACCUUAGUUCCAUCAGUCCACAGAGUGUUUAAAGUUAGUCUUGUUUAAACUGUGUAGAAAUAAAUUUCUUAACUAUUAUAAACCUGACUCUCUUUCUUUCCUCGGAGUUAAUACGAAGUGUCAAGUAAUCCCUGCAAUAAAAAGUUCUGAUCUUCUGGUUAAAAUAUUCAAAGAUCCAUCAGAUUGAUAUUUCAUAUUUCUAUGGAAUCUCACAUUUUAUGGUUCAGAAGUAAGAUGUAAACUACCCAUCGUUACAAAAGAAUUUCAUAAACACAAACUAAAGUGCUGACACAGCAAGUCUGCAUCCCCUCAUCCUCUGCUAUUGGUGUUGAUUCAGUUCAAUCCGCUGUAUGAUCCAGACCAAACACCUUUCUCAUUUUGAAGCUCCUCCAUCAUCUGGGCUGCAUGGUGACGCAGUGGUUAGCACUGUUGCCUCGCAACACGAAGGUCGCAGGUUCGAAACUCGGCUGUGGCCUUUCUGCGUGGAGUUGCGUGUUCUCCCCAUGCAUGCGUGGGUUUCCUCCGGGUACUCCGGUUUCCCCCACACAACAUGCCCUAUAGGUUAAAAAAAAUUGUAAGUCGCUUUGGGUAAAAGCGUCUGCUAAGCACAUAAACAUAAACAUCUGAUCAUCUGUAAUCUAAAAGUGGACAUGUGGAGUAAAGACUGGACAGGCUUGCUAAUAGAAAUGGUUCA